AUGAAUGCAAAGUCACGCAUCGCCGCUUCAUGUCCUUUCAAUGUCACGUUUUAUGCGUGUGAUUUCGGGGAGAGAUUCCUUGGCUGUUGCGAAAAUGGCAGCCCUGCCAGUACCUGCACCAACGGGUGCCCUCAAGAGGAUCUCCUACCAGCAAGUUUCGAAAAGGUGUACUACGACUACGUUACUAGGGCAGCAUGUACGAGGGGUGAUUGGUGGUCUUGUGCCAAUGUAUCACCGCCAUUCCUAGGCUGUUGCUUGUCCAACCCUUGCCUUGGUGGCUGUCCACCUAGUGACCUGACGGAUGCGAUUUUCUCCCUAAACCAAACGGACAACCCGCUGUAUUCAGCAAUCCCCCACGCUCCUGCUGCGGCUUCUUCGACGACAUCAUCUUCUACUUCGACGGCUGCAUCGUCGACUCCAGUCCGGACUACAGGAGCCGCUCAUUCUGCCAUUACCAAUCCAUCGCCCAUUCAGAAGGAUUCGACAAGAAGAGUAGUUGGAGACGUCGUCGGCGCCGUCUUAGCUGUGGGGGUCAUCUUCAUCGGAGUGCUACUUUUAUAUCGCCGCCUAAAGUCUCAAGCGUACAAAGGGUCAGAUUCAACUGGAACAAAUGGGAAGGGAAGCAUCAAAGGUAUUUUACUGAACAGCCUGACAAUUGCGGCUAGUUCCGGUAAUUUACAUCUCACAGCCACUGUACUAGUACCUGGAAGCCCGACGGUAUCAAAAGCUUCUCGCCAAGAGAACGAAGCAUCCCAUGAAUUCCCAACAAUAGCCAAUCCUCGUGAAGAGGCCAGAGUGCCAAUCCGGGCCCCUCGAUCAACAAAUUUCGCUCCUUGCAUAGAGAAUAAAAUACCACUGGAGAGCUGUUCUGCAACAAGUGGCGCUCAAGAAGAUCACGAAGAGGACAAGGCACCGCAAGAGCUUCCUCCAAACCACCCCGCGCUCCCCGAACUCGCAAGUUCGGACCUACCCCAGUCGUGCCACGAGCUUCCGUCAUCUGACCUUGCUAAUCAAGAGCCCGUCCAUCCGAAGGCUUUGCAGCCAGGUAGACCUGGCUUCAGGCCAUACUCUGCCUCUAGCCUAUCCCAAACCCCGCAGCCAUAUGGACUCGCAUUCAGGCCUCACUCGCCCUCCCGACUAUCUGCGGUGUCUUCUCUUGCUAGCUCGCCUCCGUUGGCUCGUGGCCUGUCCCCUGUUUCUGUCACCAAUGACGACAUUUGUGCAAACGUCUGA